AUGACUGAAAGACGUGGACCUCCCUACUACACUGAUGAGGAACUGCUGGAAAUAUUGAUGAAUAGUGAUGAAGAAACAUCAGACAUAGAUGAAAAUGAGGUGCCUACCAGUAAUGAGGACGAGGUAGAUGAAACGGAGAGCGAUUUGGAAGGUAGUGAAAUACAUUGUUAUUUAUUAGUGAAAAAUAGAGACGAAAUUUCAGACGAUGGUCCGCCAGAGGUAAUACCGAAACUUGAUGGAGCAUUUUCCUGGAGCAACCAGCCAUUUGAACCCAUUAUUCAUCGCUAUAACCCUGCUACAUCGGAAUUGAAAAACACUUUUGAUCCGAAUUCUACUCCACUCAUGUGUUUCAAGCAAUUUUUUUCUGAAGCAUUGUUAGAACACAUAGUAAUUGAAACAAACCGUUAUGCUGAUGACACGUCUCAAACUGCACCAAGUACUUCUCGUCAAAGCAAAUGGAAGCCUACUUGUCGUGAUGAGCUAUACGUCUUUCUGGCUGUUACAAUAUUGAUGGUUCAUACAAAGAAACGAAAAAUAAACGACUAUUGGGCCACCGAUCCCCUAAUUGUUACACCAAUAUUUAGUCAAAUUAUUUCACGUGAUAGAUAUAUACUUCUUCUGCGUAAUCUUCAUUUUGCUAAUAAUGAAGAACAGAAGAAUACAAACGAUCGUCUCUUCAAAAUUAGAACAGUUGUUGAUCAUCUAAAAGCUGCUUUUUCAAAAAGUCUACAUCCUUUUCAAAAUCUUUGUAUAGAUGAGAGCUUGAUGUUGUUCAAGGGACGAAUCGGUUAUAAGCAGUAUAUUCCAUCGAAACGUCACCGAUUUGGCAUAAAGUUUUUCAUUUAUGUGAUUGUAAAACUGGAUAUACACUAG